CCGAGCGUUGAGAGUGUAUACACACCUAGUAAGGGUUCGACCACUCAAUUCUAUGUUUCCACACCUCUUAUCAUGUAUUCUUGCAAGUUACUUCAUUUUGAUGAGUUGAAUCAAUUCUUUAGAUUUUGAUUGCAUUGAAUUAUUUCUUUGCUUCUAGCCCUAUAUCUCCAUAUACUUGCUUGGAAUUUAGUUGUUUGUUUUCACCAAAACAAUAGGAAACCAUAGUAUAGAUAGAUAUAGAUAGUAUUUAGUAUACUUGUAUGCAUAUAGAUAGUUGCAUUCAAUAAGUUGUUACCCUUUGAUCAUUCUCCUUGUUUGUGUGUAGCAUGAGGACAUUACUAUUGUUUAAGUGUGGGAGAAUUGAUGAAUCCAUAUUUGAUGAUAAUUUUUUGCUUAAAUUAAAUUGGACGGAUUUCAUCAUAUAAACUCCAUUUAAACUCACGUUUAAUCACCAAAAUAGCAUACUUUUGUGAUUUCUCCCUAAUUUUGACCUAAAUGUGAAAACAUGCAUUUUUAUGCUUAAAUUGAUCAUUUUAAUUCCACUUUUGUUUCAUUCGAUGCCGUGAUAUAUUAUGUGAGUGAUUUCAGAUCCUAAAAGCAUGAAUGGUUUGGUAGAAGUGGAAAAAAGCAUGUAAAAUGAAAGAUUUUAUGAAAAAAAACAAAAGAAAAAUACUCAGUCAAAUAUGCGUACGCACAACUCUUUUUUCUAGUAAUAGGUGCCAUUGAAAUAUGUACUAUAUGCAGUUGUUGUGCAUAUUGGAUUUUCGUCUACUUCAGGACAUUACUUUUCCUUUGUUCGCUCUGCACCAGAUACAUGGCAUAAGUUGGAUGAUUCAAAGGUUGAUGAUACCGCUCAACUUUUAGCAUUGCUAAGAAUAUUGGGAAUUCAAAAAUUCGUUCAGAGGUUCACUGAAGGAUUGCACAAUUUAAGAUCAAUUUUUCGGAGCUUCUUUGGCUACUCGUUGAUGACGGCUGGAAAGACCCCGGUAAACGCAGUCAGACUCAAGAUUUUGAUAGUACAACAAUCUUUGUUUUUCUUAUCACUCAUUAAUGGCGAAGAAAACACAUAUCAUCAUAUUAAAAUAUCGAGAUAUUCUUACUAGGUAAUAAUAAUCUGGUGCCAAAAAAAUAUUCGUAUAGAGAAAAAAAAUGAUGACAAAAAAUAAAAAAAAAUUAGGUAAAGGUGGUUUUGGUUUUGUACACAAAGGGAAGUUACGCAGUGAAUCUUUUGUAGCAAUAAAGAUGUUAUAUACAUCUAAAUCUGAUGGACAAGAUUUCAUUAGUGAAAUAACAACCAUUGAAAGAAUUUACCAUAUAAAUGUGGUGAGACUGGUUGGAUUUUGUGUCGAAGGAUCAAAGCGUGCUCUAGGGUGUGAUUUCAUGCUUAAUGGUUUCCUUGAAACAUAUAUUUUCUCUAAAGAAGAAAACAUUUUUUUAAGUUAUGAGAAAAUAUAUGAGAUAUCAUUGGGAAUUGCUAGAGGUAUUUCUUAUCUUCAUGAAGGGUGUGAUAUGCAAAUUUUGCACUUUGACAUUAAACCACAUAAUAUUCUUCUAGAUGAAAAUUUUUUUCCAAAAAUUUCUGAUUUUGGAUUAGCAAAAUUAUAUCCUAGAGAUAAUAGUAUUGUCAGUUUGACCGAUAGAAGAGGGACAAUUGGAUACACUGCACCCGAAUUAUUUUACAACAACAUCGGGGGAGUCUCGUACAAGGCUGAUGUAUAUAGUUUUAGAAUGUUGUUAAUGAAAAUGGCAAAUAGAAGGAAGAAUUUGAAUCCGCAUGCAGAGAAUUCAAGCAGCGCAUUCUUUCCUACCUGGAUUUAUAAUCAAUUCAGCAACAACGAAGAUAUAGAAUUGGACAAUAUCACAGAUAAUGAGAAGAACAUAUAUAAGAAGAUGAUAAUUGUUGUACUACGAUGUAUCCAGCUAAAACUCUGUGAUCGUCCUUCAAUAAAACAAGUUGUGGAGAUGCUUGAAGGAAAAGCAGAAGACCUAACAAUGCCUCCAAAGCCUUCCUUGUAUCCAGGCGACGAAUAAGAACUUGAUUUAAAGCUAGAACAAACAUCA